AUGCCGACACUUAAACUUUUUAAAAGAACCUGGAAAUAUGCGGAAGACGAAUUUGUUACGUCCAGUCUGGUGUUUGCUUUGAUUCGAUUAAUAUUGUAAGUUCUCCGCGUAUGUGCUUAUAAAAACUAGGGUCUUGGUCGCAGGAAUAUUAUUGUUUGGACCACAAACACGGCCACAUAUUGACGUUCCAGGCGCGGAGGUUGGCUUUCGAUUUAAUUUAUAAAGCUGAAGGAAAUUUUCAUUACUACGACAGUAAUCUGCUCAGUACAAAUUUGCACGUAUGUUGCUAUGUUAAUCAUCAGUUCUCGGGGAGGAGUGAUGCAAACAGAGAGGAGAAAAGCUCUGCAGCCUGUCAUGGUGUUCCAUAUGUUUCUGUUGCCAACAGAAUUUGUCUUUUACUGUUUAUCAAUAUGGAAAAGCAGUGAAACGGUAUCGCAGGAGUCUUCGGUAUGUAUCGAUAUACUAUUUAAAAGUAUUUGGUGACUGUGACGAAAGUUUCAUAUAGCUUCCAUCCAAGACCUAUAAGUCUCUUGAGGCGCAGCAGUCAUGUUUAACUUCAUUGGAGGUUUUAGCCUAAAGCUCAAGCUUAAUCGGAUGCUUUUUGCAUUUGAAUUUGCAGGGGUGCAAAUUUUAGACGGGUAUAGUCCACAGCAUUCAAAACAAGCGCAGUGCUUUACAGUAGGCAUCCCAUCACCUAGAUUACAGCAGCUAUUACGGAUCAUGCAUUAUCGUUUUGUUGGAAAAAUAAAAUAUGCGACAAUAGUAAAUGACACCCACGAGUUAAACAUUCUUUCAUUGUUUAUUUCUUUUGUCCUAUAAACGAAUGCUGUGAGUAAAUUUAUGAACUUUUGUUGACUACCUGUACACUGUUACUGAAAGGCUUAAAUAUAUUCUUAUCCACGUGCGUUAAUUUCGCCUACCACCUCGAAACUGUCUUAGUACUUUUUGCGAACGAAUCCAAUAAGCAAUUACACAGGAAGAAUUUCAGCGAAAAAGCUUUUUUUAUUUGCAGGACUGCUGCGUAUUUUUGUAGCCAAACCCAUCCGAUAAUGCAAAGUCCUGCAAGUAAUAAAAUGCACACCUGUUAGUAACCGAUUGUGGAAAUUCUUAAAUUAUAUAUCUUAGAGAAGGCACUGUCAGCUAGUAAGAAACGGCAUCUUCAGUGUAACUUUACUUGAAAGGAAAUGGAAAUCGUCUCUAGUUACAGUACGUCCGUGAGAAUUUAUGGAUUUGUAUUUCUAAGCUAACAGUCUUUGGUUCCCUUAUAAAUGUCAGCGUUUCUCGCGUAAAUUAUAUGCACCAUUUAGGAUCAUGAAUUUUUUGUUCUUCACUUUCAACCAUUUGUUAUACUUAUGUCUAUGGGACAUAGUUGACAAGUCCAUUGAAUAAGAAAAUAUUUUAAACUGAUCUUCGAAAUCUUCGAAUGCCGUUCUAAGCCGAAGAAGGCAGGGAUUAAUUGCAGUUUAAGCAAGUACUAAUUGUUACCCAUCCAGCAUAUUAGGCAACCGAAACAUAUACAUAAUUAAUUCAGAAAUAUGUUCAUUGAUUCCAUUCAGCCAGCGUUAACAGCAGUUAUUUGUUGGUGCGCGAUCGGCAUGGCCCUCGUCUUAUUUUCACUUCUUGGAUGGGUGCGACAUUAUGACAAAAACGGCGCAGAAAAGUACAAGUUCUUCAAAACUUUCUACUAUGACAAAAAAACGAGUCAUGAAUUAACAGGCGACAUGGAAACACUUUUGAAGAAGAUGCACGAGAUAUCUCUUGAGAAAUGGACGAAUUUUGUUCGUCAAAAGGUGGCCGAAUUGACGGAACCUGAUGAGGAAAUGAGGCAGGAAGCUAUAGAAGAAGCCUCUUCAACUCUUGCUGAUUAUAUGUCGGUAAAUGCUAGUGACGUUUAGGUUUAUGUAAUGACCAUACAUUUUUUCUAAAAGGUUUCUUAUUUAUAACUGCAAAAUUCAAAAAAGAUUUAAUUCAGUCGCCUCCUGCCUAUUAAGACUGGUGAAACGUCUCUACCUCUAUGCAUGUAGUUCGGUAAAUUACAUUUCUGACAUGAUUAUCAUUUUGAUUUUGGUCAAAAUAUGAUUAAUACUUUUUGCAACUCAGAAUGCAGUCAAGACUUUCGCAUAUUUUGAUGACAAAUCAUAAUCUUAUUUGCCUCUCUGUAAUUUAAUAGCAUUUAUAAGAGCAAUGAAUAAAAAUCAACGAUUUCAAUUUGGUUGCAAAUAAAAACGUUCAUAAAGAAAUAAGUUUUGAACACUUCAAAACUAUCGCCUGUACAAAAUCAGACCUGUUAUCGUCUAAUCUUUGUGAUUUUUACUAUUAUUACAUUUGAAAACAAGGAACACCUGCUCACACCUUAAAAUGUGAAUAAUACUAGACACUAAAGCCACUUAGUUUAAAUAUAUCAGAAUAUGACAGUCUUUGAAACAAGGUAUCCUAAAUGCAGUAGCUGGCGGCUUUACUUUGAGAAGGUUGCUUUUAUUAUUCGGCCUUACAGGAUCUGGAUCUGACGAGAUCUGAUGUUUUUAUGGGUCUUCUGCUUCUGAGGUGGCAAUCAGCGCAGUGGAUUGGAAACAAGUCGGCCCUAGAUGCUCAAUACGUUCUAGAUAAUACUGAUCCAAUAACCACCGACGUGGCUGCUGAGGUAAUUCAUAAACAAAAGACAAACAAUGAUUCAACCGAAACUAUGGUUGGUACGCAAUUUACCUAG